AUGCCUUCAUUCUCUUACAGCAUUUCGGCUCGGCUCGCGAGGACCGUUGGCAGCACCCUCAGUCGAGUUUGGACUGGUCGGGUCUCUAAAACGUCCUCAACUCGACGCCGUACUACAUCUCCACCUGGCAAAAGCUUAGGGCUCAUCCACCCAGACCCAAUAGCACUCGCAUCUAGGAGUUCUUCAUUCGAGGAGGAGGACGGCCCUGAGCAUCAAGUCAAGCAGGAAAACGACCGUGCUAUCAAGAAAGAAGAAGAUCAAUGCGACUAUUCAAUUGCUGCUCACGAGGACGACCACGAGUACAGUAUGGGCGCCGACUCAGAGGAGGAGCUUGAUGAAGAAGAAAUGUUCGAGGAUUCUUUGUCACAUGCACAGGAUGUAGUUUCUAUGCUGGGUGAUGUAGCCGACAUGGACAAACCCAUUCAAAGCAUAGAGGUCUAUGAUGAGAUUUUGGACAGUCAGGACGCCUCGCCUAGCCUCCGUGGUGGCACCAGAGUACCUGAGGACGGCGACGAUGGCGAUGAAGAGGACGAUGAUGCAAAUCAGGAUGAAUAUGAGGAUGACGACGAUUACGAGCAACCUCCCACCAACCCUGACGAUUACUAUGAAUCCGAGGAGGACUUUGAGGAUGAGUACGACGUUGACCAGGCGGACCUCGACUGGUAUCGGCUUGAGAGAACCAGGGUGGCGAACAUCAGAGACUGGGCAAGAGAUGCUGCAAAGGCGCACAAGCUCAUGACGCUGUGCGGCCAAUACUCAUUGUUGCCCUCAUCCUGGGAGUGUGAUCUCAUUGAUCACCCUUACCUGACCGGGUUAUUCGCGCCGAUAGAUGAGGAAAAGAAAACACUCAUCAGGGCAGAGUCGAAUCAAUUUAGAGCCACGCGAGCUCUGAGGAACCUUUUCGAGCUACACAUUCGCAUCUGUGCCUACCGGCAAGAUGGUCUUCACGACAAAAUCGGCGACCUGAUCGACAAGGAAAUCCGGAAAUACAACGCAGCCGUCGAGAAGGACGCCAAGUUGCUUGGCUCCUACGCCUACUCCAGCCCUAUCAUGAUCAUCAAGUUUGCCACCCUCCAGUUUGCCCAAGUCGAUGAGGAUCAACUCCAGACAUGGGUACAUCAGCAAGCAAUGCUGUCCUGCCGACGAAGCGUCGAAGACUAUCACAAUCAGUGGGCCCAGCGAGGAGUUGAGCACUAUCCACGUGUGAUGUAUGCCUUUGUGAUCAUUCAGCAGACGGUGCAGAUCUGGGCGAUUGACACAGAGCUUCCAGAGGAACAGUUGGGCAAUCCCUACCCUCUCAGGAGUAUCGACAUGUCCAAAAGGAACGACUGGCUCAACUGCACAUUUUCGAUUGCAAUCCCAAUUUACCUGGCGAAAGAAUCGCUGUUGGCACACCGUUGGAAUUUCCCGAAGGUAGAGGUGGAAGAUUCCGAUACUGACCUGUGA